CUUGCACUGGGCUACAACAUUGGAUGUGACUUUUUGAAGACCGUUUCCUGCAGUUGCAUUGCUGAAGCAUCCUGGGACUUGAAUCUACACUUCUAUGUUGGCAUGUUACAUGGUUAUGUGCACAAUCAGAAGUGCCAGCUCCACUUUGAUCCUUGUAUUCUGAGCACUGCUGGGCUUGAGGAUUUCAAAACUAAUGAGUGGAUUUUCUCCUGGCAAAAUGGCACUGCCCACCUGUUCUGGUAUGGCUCAAAAUUUCAUUGCCAUAUGAGUUUGCAUCUGUUUUGGGAAUAA